CUUCGGAAAAAACCUCAUCUUCUUCGUCUAAGUUUUUUUUCGCUAUCUUCUUCGUCUCUUUCUGUAAUGCUAAUGGCUACCAAUCUCUCCUUUUCUCCUCAAUCCCUAAUUCCACUUCAAAAGCCUUCGCUCUUACCACGAGUUCAACUCGGUCACUUCCUCCAGCUCAACUCAGUGAGUCGUAUUUCGACUGCUCGUCUUCAUGAAUCCGGCUCUCGAUCGGGGGUUUUGGUUCGAGCUGCAUUGGAUAGCGAUUACUCGUCGAAGAGGAGUAGUAGCAAUGAGCAGAGGGAGACGAUUAUGUUGCCUGGUUGUGAUUAUAACCAUUGGCUUAUUGUCAUGGAGUUCCCAAAAGAUCCUGCUCCAACCAGGGAACAGAUGAUUGAUACCUACCUCAACACUCUUGCUACUGUAUUGGGAAGCAUGGAAGAAGCCAAGAAAAACAUGUAUGCUUUCAGCACCACCACCUACACUGGAUUCCAAUGCACAGUGUCGGAAGAAACAUCCGAGAAAUUUAAGGGAUUACCCGGUGUCCUUUGGGUAUUGCCAGAUUCUUAUAUAGAUGUCAAGAAUAAAGAUUAUGGAGGUGACAAGUAUAUAAAUGGGGAAAUAAUUCCAUCCAAGUAUCCUGUUUAUGAACCAAAGAAACGAAGGGAAACAAAAUAUGAAAGUAGGAGAUAUGAAAGAAAAAGGGAUGGCCCUCCUCCUGAACAACGAAGACCGAGACCACAAGCAACUCGAACAGAAUCAAAUUCAGAAUAAGGUAGUGCAGUGAUUUUUUUUUCCUAUUAUUUUCAGUGCUUGCAUUGGAAAAUAGAAUGUUUUUGUUCAUUUCCCCUUGCAAUCCAUUAGUGACUUAAGAUUGUGCUUUGAACUAGAACUACUUAGAAAGAUAGAUGCAGAAUGAAGAGGUACUCCAAGGACUUCAUAUACUAUUCUUGGAAUUUUGUACAUGUUGUGUUGUAGUUCAUGUUCAUCCUGGAAAGGAAUCAUGUGACCUUGUAGCUCAAAUAUAAUUGGAGAAUAUAUGGCUUUGAAGUAGAACAGAUCUUUCUUAAAUCAUGUACCUUCAUUGGUUUUGGUUGGUU